GACUGCUGGGGGUUGGUGCUGCAGGACUGUUCCCAGUCUGCAGAGACUCUUCCCCGUUGUCUGCCCAGCUUGGCUCCGCAAUGCCGCUGGACCUCAGCAAGUGGUCCGGGCCUUUGAGCCUGCAGGAAGUGGGCGAGCGGCUGCAGCAUGCGCUGCAGGUCAAAUACACCAGGACAGAGGUCGACGAGCUGAUCAAAGUGCUGACGCCCACCCAAGUUAAGAACCGGCCUGCCAGUAUUGUGUGGGAUGGCCUUGUUCCAGGUAAACUCUACACCUUGGUCCUAACAGAUCUGGAUGCUCUCAGCAGGAAGGGCCCCAAAUACAGGGAAUGGCACCAUUUUCUGGUGGUCAACAUGAAGGGCAACGACAUCAGCACUGGCAGAGUCCUCUCCAAUUAUGUCAGCUCUGGGCCUCCAGAUAUAUCUGGCGCAGGCCUUCACUGCUAUGUCUAGCUGGUUUAUGAACAGAAUGGGCCACUGAAGUGUGACGAGCCCAUCUUCAGCAACCGAUCUGGAGACCCCCGGGGCAAAUGCAAAGUGGCAUCUUUCCGCAAAAAGUACGAGCUUGGGCCGCUGGUGGCUGGUACAUGUUACCCGGCGGAAUGGGAUGCCUAUGUGCCCAAACUCUAUGAGCAGCUGUCUGGGAAGUAGGGGAAUGCUAGGAGACAGAAACCGUCCUGGAAGUCUCAACCAGUGUUCUCCAGUUCAGUGAUGCAUGUAGAUUUCUCAGGGGAGGCCUGAGCAAUCAGAUAAUGGUUUAGAGUGACUUUUCCUUCUGCCUGUCCUUUAGAGGGUCACGCCCCCAUUUAUGUUUUGAUCAAAUUUGAACUCCAUUUUGGGGGAUAUUUUGGUACUGUGUUGGGGUCAUCAAAUUCUUAAUAUAAGAAUAGCAAUCCAGAAUUUAAAGAAAUAAAAAUUCAGGUGAAAAGACCAGGUCUAUAGUAAUAGAGCAGAGCGUCAAAGAAUCUUGAAGGGAGGUUUAAAAAAAAAGAUCCAUUGCCUCUGCUUUGUGAGCCUGAGUCCGGAAUUGUGCAUGGG